AUGGAGAUCGCCAAAGACAAGACCCCAGGCGCUGGUGGACACCGGAGCUCAGGCUCUACUUCUUUCGCUGCCAUUGGAGCUGCCUUGAUUCCCACAGCACUUACAGCGGGUGUUUUCCUCCUGGGAUUUGUUCUUCUCCGACCGAGAUAUAAGAACAUCUACGCACCGCGAACGUACUUUCGUACCAUAUCACGCAAGGAUCAGACUCCCUCGUCCAGCCAUGCGUCCGUAUCGUGGUAUCACGACUUCAAAGCCCUUGACGACAAAUUUGUUCUGCGCCAUUCCUCCAUGGAGGCAUACCUGUUUCUCCGCUAUCUUCGGAUGAUUGUCCUAAUCUGUGGUGUCGGAUGUCUAUUGACUUGGCCAACCCUCUUCGCUGUGAAUGCGUCCGGAGGUGGUGACUCUACGCAGCUAGACCGAAUCUCUUUCAGCAACGUCUCGAAAGCCGAGAGACUAUACGCACAUGCGGUAGUCGCCUGGGUUUUCUUCGCCUUCAUCAUGUUGCUCAUCACCCGAGAGAGGCUUUUCGUCGUGGGACUUCGUCAAGCUUAUCAGACCGUAACAUUAAAUGCCACUCGACUGUCAGCUAGGGUGGUGAUGUUCCUCUCUGUGCCAUCCGAUGGACUUCGACCUGAAAAUCUUCAACGAUACUACGGUAAAGAUGCAGUCCGGUCGUGGCCAGUAUCAAAGUUGGGUCAUCUAGAGAGCAAGGUGGAUAAGAGAAACUCCAAGGUCGACAAGCUCGAGGAAGCCCAGGUGGACCUUCUGCGAAGAGCCAACAAAAAGGGCCAUGUUUACAGAAACGACCAUGACGGCGCGGCCGUCAUUACGAGCGUCCAGGACCAUCGACCUAUUCACCGCACACACUAUGUUCUCGGGGAUAAAAUCGACAGCAUAUCACAUUUGCAAGAAGAUGUUACCUCGGUCGUCUCUGAUGUGGAGAAGAUACGAGAAGCUGGUGUCCAUGAACGGAGGGUAAGACAUGGUGCUGUAUUUGUGGAAUUCAAAGACCAGGUCAGCGCUCAUCUGGCAUUUCAGCAAGUACGACACGCCUCACCACUCACGCUACAGCCAAAAUUUAUUGGUGUACAACCGAAAGAAGUACUUUGGCAGAAUCUCACCCUUGACCCCUCCCUACGGAUCACUUAUUCUUACCUUGCCAUAGCACUAGCGCUCGCCACCAUAAUUCUUUGGUCAAUUCCUGUGGGCAUCAUCGGAACCAUCUCGAAUAUCAAUUACCUGACAGAGAAGUUCCACUGGCUCCGGUUCAUCAACAAACUUCCGGAACCAGUGUUGGCCCUUCUGACCGGACUAGUACCGCCCCUGUUACUCAGCACUGUGGUCUCUUACGUACCAUAUUUCUUCAAAUACGUGGCGACAAUGUCUGGUCAACCCACCAGCAUUGAGGUCAACAAGUGGGCUCAAAACUGGUAUUUCGUUUUCCAAGUCGUUCAGGUUUUCCUCAUAACGACAUUCUCCUCUGGGGCGGCUGCUGUAGCCAACAAGGUUGCCAACGAACCAACAUCGGUUCCAACCCUGCUUGCAAAGAAUCUCCCAAAAGCUUCAAACUUCUACCUGACCUACUUCAUUAUUCAGGGUCUGGGUACCGCCGCCAAGAACAUUAUCAACUACUCAGAUCUCUUCUCGUACCUGGUUUUUUAUCACAUCGUGGCCAAGACUCCCCGGCAGAAGUUCAACACGUAUGCACAGAUGAAAGGAAUCAGUUGGUUCAAUGUAUAUCCCAAAUUCACCAACCUGGCGGUGAUAGCAAUAGCAUAUUCCUGUAUUGCACCCCUGGUCCUUGGAUUUGCCGGCAUUGGGAUCUUUCUCUUCUACUUGAGUUACCGCUACAAUUUGCUCUACGUGAUACAAGUUAAGUCAGAAACACGAGGUGAGAGCUACACAAGAGCUCUGCAGCAUCUUAUCACUGCAUUGUAUCUGGCAGAGCUGUGCUUGAUCGGCCUAUUUGGCAUCAAGAAAGCUCCGGGACCUUCGACAAUGAUGACCAUUCUUCUAGUGUUAACUACACUUUAUCAUGUCACCGUCAACAAAUACCUCACCCCGCUCGAGACUUAUAUGCCCGUGGAUGUCCUCUCAAAUGACGAGGAAGAGGAAGAGCCACUACUGAGUUCCAACGGGGACGCGACGCAGCGUUCUCGGGUAGAAAGAUUUGGAGCCGGGAAAGUCCCUUCAAUCUUGCUCGACCCUCUUGCAGCGUUUCUUGAGCCUCACAUCUUCGCUUCACAAAAGGCUCUUCGACCAUGGCUCCAAGAUCCCGAGGGCGAGUACGAGGAGUCGGUUUCUUACACCGAUGAGCAAUUGAAGAAUGCAUAUCUCAAUCCAGCAUUGAUUUCCAAAACACCUAUGAUCUGGAUCCCCAAAGACCCCAAAGGCCUCUCGAAGCAGCUUGUUGAAGAGAACGAAGGCUUCGGGUUGAGUAGCACGGAUGAAGGCGCUGAGCUGAGUGCUUCGAACAAAAUUCUCUGGAAUCAGAACGACUUUACGACCGUGCCAAUCUUCAAAGAGGCUGCCAGAUAUUAG